UGGAGGACUAGCUGGGAGGACUGGCUGCCCAGUGCUGCCCAGUGGCGGAGCUGAGAUUGCGGACAGUGCGAUCAGAUUCCCACCGAUGGAUCCCGCGGCCAUGUCGAGGGGCAGAAGCGGCGGCGGCCUGAGGGCCCCGAGCGGCGGCUCCAGGGCCUCCCAGACCCCGAGUCCCGCCAACUCCCGGCGCCGGAGGCAACCGCCGCGACCGGCCGACUACAAGCUGCAGGUCAUCAUCAUCGGCAGCCGCGGCGUCGGCAAGACCAGCCUCAUGGAGCGCUUCACGGACGACACGUUCAGCGAGGCCUGCAAGUCCACGGUCGGUGUUGAUUUUAAAAUCAAAACAGUAGAGCUAAGAGGAAAGAAAAUUAGAUUACAAAUCUGGGAUACUGCAGGGCAGGAGAGAUUCAACAGCAUUACUUCAGCUUACUACAGGAGUGCCAAGGGAAUCGUCCUGGUCUACGAUAUCACCAAACAAGAAACAUUUGAAGAUGUCCCCAAGUGGAUGAAAAUGAUCGACAAGUAUGCGUCAGAAGAUGCAGAGCUUCUGUUAGUGGGAAAUAAACUGGACUGUGAAACCGACCGAGCUGUCUCUCGUCAGAAAGGGGAAAAGUUUGCUAUGCAGAUAGCUGGCAUGCGUUUCUGUGAAGCCAGUGCGAAGGACAACUAUAACGUGAAUGAGAUAUUUUUGAAGCUUGUGGAUGACAUCUUAAAUAAGAUGCCGGAUAUCCACAGACACGAACUAUCAAACAGUAUCCUGUCCUUGCAGCCGGAGCCUGAGAUCCCACCAGAGCUCCCGCCUCCUCGACCCAACCUGCGCUGUUGCUGACCAGCCAGCGUGCUGCGCUGGCCUGUGUGGGGGUUUGUACACUGCUGCACUACAAUCAGCCGACCGUCGGCGUUGCACUUUGUAGAAACGAUCAAACAAAGGAGUUCAGACCAGCUUUGUAUACGUGUGAGAUUUUAAAAUGGUUUCCGACCGAAUCACCAACCGUUGCUCGGGAAUAACUGCACACGUUUUAUUUUUAAAUAUCCUUUUCUGAUCUCCAUCUCUGAACUCUCUCUUUGGUAGCAAAGUGGUAUUUUCUACUCCAGUACUGUAUUUAUUGUUAACUCGCAGUACCGUUUGGUGGUGUGGAUCUCAUAACUUUUUAAAGGGAAAAGAAUCGAACAAGAAAUCUCAGUGCUCACUGGCAGGUAAAUAGGCCAACUGGGGUUUGGGAGGGAGGGAGAGGGGUGCGGGGACGUGGGGCGUCUGAAAAUUAGUGCAGCAAUGCGAUUGUCAGGAAUGUCAUCGAGCAGAUAUCUUGGGCAUUGUUUUCCACAAAUGGGUAAAUAUGGGUUUGUACGAUUUUAUUUUCCCCCUUCCCCUCACCCCCAGUAUAAUGGUGCAUUAUUUUGAAGUCCCAGUGAUUAUCUCAACCUUGUUACUCAGCCUAAAUUGUGCGAGUAUAGGAUUAGCUACAAACUGAGGGGAAAACUGAGACGUCUGAAAAGUCCAACUAGUGUAAGAAUACACUCUCGAUGUUUUUGUUUUAUUCCUCCGAAGGAUUUGGCCGUGAGGGUUAGAAACUUUGAGUAAUGGGGCAUUGUUGCGGCUAAUGUAACGGGACUGGGCUCUUUCUUCCUCGCUUGUUUUUGAAUGCUAGCUUGUUCGUGAAGCUCUUCGGUGAUAAUUCCGCACACCUUGGAAAGCUCCCGGGAAAAUGAGGGCAGUCUCAAAACGUCCAUCAGCUGGGUUUAGUCCCAAGCCCUCGCACGUAUGUUGCUGUGGCUGCUGAAGUUGCUCAUCCUUUGCAUUUUGGUCAGGAGGGAGCAGGAGGAAUAUAACCAUGGAAUUUUGAGAACUGAAAGACAACACUGAAUGUCCAGCAUCAGUUGGGAAUAUGUAUGGGUCAGAGCUGUCAGAGGAGCCCUAAUACGCAGGAUUCAGAGCACACAAACUUAAGCUGCAUUAAUUGUCCAUACAUCGUGCUGGUAAGCAUCUUUAUCAGCCACCCAGUAUAGAAAGGGUAAAUUUCAAUGCAACUUUUUUUUUAACGACAGUACUUUAAAAUGAUAACGCUGUUAGAGGAAAAAACAAAUCCCAUUUCUGCUUCAGUAAUUUUUGAAAAUGGAAUGCAUUUUUUUUGGAGGUGCGGAGAAGGAAAUGGAUUAAGAUGCAUUUCAAGUGGUAUUUUAUCAAUGGUGCCUUGUAAGAUAGAUAAAACAGUUGUUACGAUGGGGCUACAGCCGUUACAGAUCACGUUGUGAUGGGAACGUGCGGUGGGCAUUUGGACAGUGAGCUGCUCUCACUUGGAGCACUGGGUUGAGUUUCAGAUGCGGGUUGAUUUACAGCAAUGAUGACUCCACCACAACCCUGUCAGCCUUGUCCCAGAACCUGAGCAGAGAGGAAUAUACGGAUACUGUAGAAAUCUAUGAAAUAAGAGUAUCUGAUCACGUGUUUAUAUUAAUGAUAAAGGAAGUAAUUUUGAUAAGUUAAAAGAACAUUGUGUGUUCGGAAACCCUCACGAUGGGCCAUACAUUCAGUGUGUCUCUGGACAACUUUUUUUAUUUCAGACAGUGAGGGAAGGCAUUGUGUGUAUAGAGUGAAGAGCUUUAGAUCGCAAAACCCAUUAAUGCAUGUGACGUUAUUUAAAACGUGGGGUGGGUCACUGCCAGUGUAACUGAAUUUUUUUGGGGUAGUUUUAAAUGUUAAGCAUAUUAUGUAAAGAGAAGUGUAUUAAAAGUAUACAUAAACUAUAUAUCCAUAAUCACUGGGCUGUGCUUUUUGAUCGAAAGUUUUAAAAUGUAAUGUUAUAAAUGAUUCAAUACAGAUAAAUAUUUACUCCUGACCAGGUGGAAAGCUCCCUGACUGACGAGAGUAUUUUUUGACAUAGUAAUUUUUCAAAAAAAUAAAUAAAUAAAUGUCAGUAUCUGUCAAAACUGACAACCGAAUGGAUGGAGAAAUGAGAUUCAAAGAUAUGCCAGAGUGUAAUAAAAUAGCAUCUUCCUGUUCCCAUGUUACAAAAUAUACACAAGAGUCAAGAAUUUCA